ACCUGAUUUCACGUGUUUUAUGAACUUUUUAUCAUAAAAUGUCUAGUUUAGUGCGGAAAACGUUUUUAUGUGCUCUGAAAACGAGAUCUUCUUUCCAACAUUAUGGAUUACCAGCAAUAAGAAAUCUUACCAGUCGUACCAUGGUGUGUAAAAGGACAUUUUCAAGCCUUGUCAAUUUUCCGAGGCAAUUCGGAAGCGUACAACAGCGUUGGUGUCAUCAGAAAAGUGCCAGCCUUGAAAGUGAUUCCAAUUUGUCGAAGUACCUGGAAUCUGAAAUAAAGUCAGAAACGGAGGACGGGCUUGAAGAAGUUGACAACCUUCUUGAUGGAUGGACAAAGGAAUGUGAAGGAGUACAAGUGGUUUUAAACAAGAAGAUAGGCAAAGAGACUGUCAGAGUAAAAUUCAGCAUUGCUGGAGCUCUGGAGGAAUAUGGACCAGAGGGAGAGGAAGUAGACUAUGAGAUGCCAUUGUUUUGUAAGCCUCCCUUUGAAGUUGAAAUUGUCAAGCCUAGUGGUAACACAAUGGCUAUCCGUUGCAUGAUUUCAGAAGAAAUCGGGGAAGAGCCAUCAGAGGAUGAUGUGUCUGACAGAUUUGAAAUUAUCAACGUUGCAAUGACCCAAGGGGAAGUUAAAGAAACAACAUAUGUUUGCGAAGCAGAAAAUAUGGAUGUUGACAUGUAUGAGGGUCUUAUGGACGUUCUUGAUGAAAGAGGCAUUGACAGAGCUUUCACUCAAGACUUGAUUGAAUUUAGCACAAAAUAUGAAAAGAAGGCAUAUGUUAACUUCAUUUCAUCAAUGAAGAAGUUUGCAGAUGAAUAGUGCUGUUGUGACAGUUUUUGACAAGAAAGAUUUGCAUUAACAUGUAGAGAACAUUUUUUAACAACUCACCAUGAUUUGUUCCAUUAUGUUUUAUGUAAUAUCAUAAGUGAUUUAUGAAUAAAAUUUUAGAUCUGA